AUGGAACAGGAGAUGCAAGACAGAGAGUCUCAAACUAAUUACAGAGUGCAAGAGGAAGUGCCUGACAUAUUUCACAAAGGGAAUCCUCCAGUAACAGUAAAGUUUCAUGAUGUUGUCUAUAAAAUUAAGACCAAAAAGUGGGGAUUGCUUGAGAAGAACACAAAGGCAGAAGAGAAAGUAAUACUGAAUGGAGUGACAGGCAUGGUUCAACCUGGUGAAAUUCUGGCCAUGUUAGGUCCAUCUGGAAGUGGCAAAACAACUCUACUAGCAGCAUUGGGGGGCAGGCUUGGAGGGAAACUCUAUGGAAGCAUAACAUACAAUGGAAAAGCCUUUUCAAGUGCAACGAAAAGGAGCACUGGUUUUGUUACACAAGAUGAUGUUCUCUAUCCCCACUUGACUGUGACUGAAACUCUAGUAUUCACUGCCCUUCUAAGAUUGCCAAGUAGUUUAACCAAAGAAGAGAAAAUUGUGCACGCAAAAGCGGUUAUAGAUCAACUUGGUUUAACCAAGUGCAAGGAUAGCAUCAUUGGAGGGCCAUUGCUAAGAGGGGUUUCUGGUGGUGAGAGAAAAAGGGUUAGUAUUGGACAAGAAAUGCUCAUAAACCCAAGCUUGUUGUUUCUUGAUGAACCAACCUCUGGCCUAGACUCAACAACUGCACAAAGAAUUGUCUUAACUUUGUGGGAGCUAGCAAAUGGAGGGAGAACUGUUGUGAUGACAAUACAUCAACCUUCAAGUAGGAUAUACUAUAUGUUUCAUAGAGUGUUAUUGCUUUCAGAAGGAAACCUAUUGUAUUUUGGAAAAGGGUCUGAAGCUAUUGAAUACUUUUCAAAUAUUGGAUAUGCCCCUAUAAUGGCCAUGAACCCCUCAGAUUUUCUUUUGGAUCUUGCAAAUGGUGUCUAUACUAAUCAACCGAAUGAAGACCAUGCCUCAAAUAAGCAUAUAUUGAUUUCUUCAUACAAGAACUACUUCAAUGCCAAAUUGAAGCCGGUUCUCUAUGAAGUUCCUGAUUAUGAUAUAAGUCAGGGUGAAUUUGAAGACAGUGGCUUUGGUGAAUGGCCAAAUAGUUGGUCGCAACAAUUCCUUGUGCUGCUGAAAAGAAAUGUCAAAGAGAGAAAAUAUGAAUCAUUCUCUGGCAUGCGGAUUUGUCAGAUUCUUGUAGCUGCUCUUAUUUCAGGAUUACUAUGGUAUAAAUCCGAUAUUUCACAUUUGCGGGAUCAGAUUGGACUUUUAUUCUUCAUUUCUAGCUUCUGGGGUGCCAUGCCUCUCUACCAUGCAAUAUUUACCUUCCCCCGAGAGCUAACAAUGUUGGAGAAGGAAAGAUCCUCUGGAAUGUACAGACUCUCCUCCUAUUUCAUGUCAAUGGCGGUAGGUGACCUUCCAAUGGAGCUUGUGCUUCCCACCAUAUUUCUUAUCAUAAACUAUUGGAUGGCAGGCCUGAAAGCUAAUGUGGUAAACUUUUUAUACACAUUGUUCAGUGUCCUACUCAAUGUGUUAGUUGCAGAAGGAAUGGGCCUUGCAAUUGGUGCUGUUGUAAUGGAUCAGAAAUCAGCAACCACACUUGCCUCAGUGAUCAUGCUAAGUUUUGUUCUAGUUGGUGGAUACUAUGUUCAACAUGUGCCAAAAUUUAUAGCAUGGUUGAAGUACAUCUCCAUCAACCACUACAUAUACAAGCUCUUGGUGGGGUCUCAGUAUGACACUAAUGACACAUACCCAUGUUCUGAUGGACAAUGUUUGGUUGCUGAAUUUCCAAUGAUAAAGCAAAUGGGGCUACAUUUUGAAGGGCAAAUCAUGGCUGCAUUGGCUCUAUUCAUAAUGCUAAUUGGCUUUAGACUAGUGGCUUAUUUUGCUCUUAUGAGGGUUGGGGUGACAAAGUAA